UACCAGAAAAACACUUAAAACCCCAAACCAUUUCUCUUUCUCUCCUCCUCUGUAUCCCUCACUCAUCCACCCGUUUUAGAAGAACAUCGCCGUCGCUUUGUUUCAACAUCGAUAUAUUACUCAAUCCACCGGUGGGUAUGGAGAGAUAAUGAGAAGGAAUCAGCGGCCACGAUUGCCGUCAUCGUUUCUGUCAUCAAAUCCACUCUCAACAUGUCGUUUUCAUGUUCCCAUCGCUUCACGGGCUUACUCUGUGCUGAGGAUUCCGACGAGGUUUUAUCCGGCGAGUUGCCGGCGUGUUCAUCGGAAUUGGAGUAUCCGGCGACGUCGAUCGAGGAAUCAUCCAUCGAUGACUUUAUUGAAGGCGAAACGAACUUCAUCCCCGGAUUUGAUUACUUGGCUCGGUUUCAGUGCCAAUCUCUCGACGCAUCGGCUCGAGAGGAAUCUGUUGCAUGGAUUCUAAAGGUACAAGCAUACUACAAUUUGCAGCCUUUGACGGCCUAUCUUUCCGUUAACUAUCUGGAUCGAUUCUUAUAUUCCCGCCGCUUGCCGGAAAAUAGUGGGUGGCCACUGCAACUUCUAGCUAUUGCGUGCUUGUCGUUAGCGGCGAAGAUGGAGGAACCUCUUGUUCCAUCUCUUAUAGAUCUCCAGGUAGAGGGAGCGAAAUACAUUUUUGAACCAAAAACAAUUCAAAGAAUGGAACUGCUUGUGCUGACGGUUCUGGAUUGGAGGCUGCGAUCAGUAACCCCAUUCAGUUUCAUUGAUUUCUUUGCGUGCAAGCUCGAUCCAACCGCAACUUUUCUGGGCUUUUUGAUUUCAAGGGCAUCGGAUAUUAUUUUAUCCAAUAUCAAAGAGGCGAGCUUUCUAAAGUAUCGGCCGUCAAGCAUCGCUGCAGCAGCGAUACUGUGUGCAGCAAAUGAAAUCCCAAACUUAUCUCUUUUCAAUCCUGAACAUGCCGAGUCAUGGUGUGGUGGACUAAGCAAGGAGAAAAUAUGGAGCUGCUACAGGUUAAUGCAAGAACUUGUUGAAGACAAUGCGAGGAGGAAACAACCAAAGGUGUUGCCACAGCAUCGAGUAACAGUCCGAGGCAGAAUGAGGCCCAGUGACUCAUCUUCCUCGUCUUCUUCCUUAACUUCUUACAAAAGGAGAAAAUUAAAUAACUACUUCUGGGUGGACACUGGACAAUGAGAGAAACUCCAAGUAAGUGGAAUAAUAAACAAAAGAAAAGAAAUAUGGUGGUGGGCCAAGUUGUCUAGAACCCUUAAUAGAUAUAUAAAUAAUUUUGGUGAAGGGUCAGGGUUAUGAAGAGUAAAUUGACCUGCAAGAGUGCAUGUAGAUGUAUAAAAUAUUUUCGUUGGCGGGGAUGGCUUUGCAGAUUCCCAAGGAAAAGGGAUCUGUUACAUAAAUAUUGCAUAGUGCGAGGGUGUGAAAGCCAGGAAUUGAAGGAGAUGGCCGGGUACCUUUGGCAGAGGAGAGCCGAAAGCAGAGAAAAUUUUGGUGAGUUGGGUAGGCGGAUUUAGGCAUUGAACGUUGAAGCUCCUCCUUCCCCGAUACAAAUAUGAAGAAGGAACAAAUAAAUUUGGCCUUUUUUUUUUUAUUUGGAGUGGAUUGUGUGUUCACGUUUGGCAUGUGUGACACGCACGUGUGUAUGUGUGCUUUUUUGGCGGGAAAUGCCUCCUUUUUCAUUCGUGUUCUGUUCUUUUCUAGAUGGCCUUGACAUUGUUGGCCUAAACACAUAUCGGAAUUUCUCCACGUGCGUGUGAUUGUGACACGUGUGCAUUUUUUUAUUAUUUUUUUUGAAAUUCCUUCCGAGGUGAGGAAAAUCUGUUUCAUAUACGAAGGUCUUUGGGGCCUUUUUUAAGCUUGUUGUAUUCGACCCGUGAAUAAAUAAAAAUCAUAUUAUAAUAC